AUGGCAGGUUUAAGGACAUUCGAUGCAUUCCCAAAGACUGAGGAGCAAUACAAGAAGAAGUCUCAGAAGGGUGGUCUUUCUUCGUUACUAACGUAUUUAUUCCUAAUAUUUAUUGCCUGGACCGAAUUCGGUAAUUAUUUUGGUGGGUAUCUAGAUCAACAAUAUAUAGUGGAUCCAGAUGUUAAAGAAAAUGUACAGAUCAAUCUGGAUAUGUUCGUUAAGAUGCCUUGUAAAUUUUUAGAUGUUCGCGCUAGAGAUCUUACAAUGGAUAAUAAAUUAGCUGCAUCAGAAUUAAAAUUCGAAGAUAUGUCAUUCUUUAUUCCAUAUGAUACGAGAAUUAAUGAUAUUAGAGAGAUAAUAACUCCAGAAUUAGAUGAAAUCCUCGGGGAUGCCAUCCCAGCGGAAUUUAGAGAAAAGAUAGAUAUGAGAAUGUAUUAUGAUGAGAAUGAUCCAAGUUCUGCGGGACAUUUACCUGUGUUGGAUGGUUGUCAUGUAUUUGGCUCAGUGUCAGUCAACAGAUUACAAGGUGAAUUGCAAAUCACAGCUAAAGGGCAUGGCUAUCAAAGUCAUAUUAGAACUCCUAUGGAUAAGAUCAAUUUUGCUCAUGUAAUUAACGAAUUAUCCUUUGGUGAUUUCUACCCUUAUAUCGAUAACCCAUUAGAUGGUUCCGCCAAGUUUGACAAAGAUGAUCCAAUGACGGCAUUCGUAUACCAUACCUAUGUGGUCCCAACUAUAUAUCAAAAACUUGGUGCCGAAGUAGAUACCAAUCAGUACUCUGUUGGUGAAUACCGUUAUCAUAAGGAUGAUAAUUCUAUGGCUUCCAUGAGUUUAGUUCCAGGUGUCUUCAUCAAAUAUAAUUUUGAAAGUUUAACUAUUCUUGUAGCCGAUAAGAGGUUGAGUUUCUUACAAUUCAUCAUUAGAUUGGUGGCAAUUUUAUCCUUUGUGGUGUAUAUUGCAUCUUGGAUGUUUAUCCUAGUAGAUAUAGGUCUAGUCACUUUAAUGGGACCUAAAUGGUCUCUUCGUUACCAACCUGAUAUUGCAUCACAAGGUAUCCUAGAAAAAAAUUAG